GCGCAGUCGCGGGAAGAUGACGUUCCCGGGCGUCCGGCACUGAGUUGACUGGAACCGACAUGUGGGUCUGUCGCGCGCUGUCGGGGGCGCGAGGCCGGGCCCAGGUGCUGCGGGCCCUGCUCCGCGCUUGCGGCCGCCGUCGGUCUGCGGCUGCCUCCUUCUCCGCAUCUGCCGAGCCCUCCCGGGUCCGGGCUCUGGUCUACGGGGACCACGGGCACCCAACCAACGUCGUCGAACUGAAGAACCUGGAGCUAGCUGCUGUGGGUGGAUCAGACGUCCAUGUGAAGAUGCUGGCGGCCCCUAUCAAUCCAUCUGAUAUCAAUAUGAUCCAAGGAAACUAUGGCCUCCUUCCCAAGCUGCCUGCUGUUGGAGGGAACGAAGGUGUUGGACAGGUGGUAGCGGUGGGCAGCAGUGUGACUGGGUUGAAGCCAGGAGACUGGGUGAUUCCCGCAAAUGCUGGUUUGGGAACCUGGCGGGCCGAGGCUGUGUUCAGCGAGGAAGCACUGAUGGCAGUCCCGAGUGACAUCCCUCUUCAGAGUGCUGCCACCCUGGGUGUCAACCCUUGCACGGCCUACAGGAUGUUGAUGGACUUUGAGCAGCUGCGGCCAGGGGAUUCUGUCAUCCAGAAUGCAUCCAACAGUGGAGUGGGGCAAGCAGUCAUCCAGAUCGCCGCUGCUCUGGGCCUGAGGACCAUCAAUGUGGUCCGUGACAGACCUGAGCUCCAGAAGCUGACCGACAGGCUGAAGAAUCUGGGGGCUGAGCAUGUUAUCACAGAAGAAGAACUAAGAAAGCCGGAGAUGAAAAACUUCUUUAAGGACGUGCCCCAGCCGCGGCUUGCUCUCAACUGUGUCGGUGGGAAAAGCUCCACAGAGCUGCUACGGCACUUAGCGCCUGGAGGAACCAUGGUGACCUAUGGGGGGAUGGCCAAGCAGCCCGUCACAGCUCCUGUGAGCCUACUCAUUUUUAAGGAUCUCAAACUUCGGGGCUUUUGGAUGUCCCAGUGGAAGAAGGACCACAGUCUAGACCAGUUCAAGGAGCUGAUCUUCACACUGUGUGAUCUCAUCCGCCGAGGCCAGCUUACGGCCCCCGCCUGCUCCGAGGUCCCCCUGCAGGACUACCAGCAUGCCUUGGAAACCUCAAUGCAGCCCUUCGUGUCUUCAAAGCAGAUUUUCACCAUGUGAUAAUCCCCGAGGAGCCAGAGUGAAGUGGGAGGGGAAACAGAGCAGCAGGACUGGUUCUGGCCCCUCAGGCAGGGCCCGUAUCCUUCCCCAGGCUGCUCCUCUCCUCACUGUCAGUUUUCACUAGGAGGGCUGUGAAGCGAGCCAAGGCUUUCCCUAGGGCCAGCCUCGGGGUAUCUAAUAAAGUCUGAACUUCCUGAAAACAAAAACCAACAGAAGUCAUCCCUGUUGAGAAGGACCAUCGCUGCGCACCUGCCAUAUCCCAGGACUAAGAAGCGCCCCCCACUCCUUGCCUGUCCUCCAUUUGUCCCUGACCAAUCCUUCCUGAUACCUGACAGCAAAACAAGUGGGCCUGGCAGGUACAAAAGCCAGUGAGACGCGAUCUUGGCCCUCAAGCCGUCCAAGGCCACAGAGGAGAAUCUUCCAACAAAGAAGGUUUGACUCAUUCUCAGGUGGUGUGCAGCUUAGUCCGGGGUAGGGGGAAGGAUCAGCCGCCUCGGGGAGCCAGGCUGAGGAACCGAGGAAAUAUGGUCUCAGGUGGCUGGACCACCUCAUGGAACGUCCCUGCUGACUGGGGGACAUGUUACAGUGGGCGUUCUCCACCUGAGGUCAUUUUACCCCCAGGGGACAUUUGAUAACGUCUGGAGACAUUUUGGGUUGUCAUCAUCGAGUGGGUGCUGCUGGCA